AUGAAUUCAUCUCAGUAUCUUCUAGUGAUCGGUCUGAUAUUCCUGGUCGAGGCUUAUGGUGCACUUGGGCCAACACGAUCCAUGUUAACUGAAGGACCUCUCGGUACCUUUCGUUUCGGAAAACGCAGUGGCAGGCCAGAAAGACUUUCUCGAAUCGAUCAAGGGAACUGA